AUGGCGCAAGAGUUGGAAAGCAAGCGCACCAUUGAAGCGCUUCCAGGCUUUGUCCUUAAUGACUGUCACCGGGCACGACUGUCCAGCGGCGCAAUGGGAGGCCCCACAACGAAGCAACCGCCAGGCUGUACGAACGAGAGCUUCGAGAAGUGCGGCACCGACCUGAUCCUCUUCGCCGGAGGACCCGUCAUCCCCACCAACAAGGAGCAGCUGCUCACGUCCUGUCCGAAAGAGAAAGCGUCGGAGAAGUGUGCGCGCUCGUACUCGACCAAGUGCCUCGCCCGGUUUCCUCGAGGCAUGGUCAUGCUCCUGCUGGACGGCAUUCGAAACGAGGUCAACGCCAAGUGCAACACCAGCAGCCCCAGCGGACAGGAAUACCUGAAGCACGCACCAUGCCUCAACACCAACGGCGCACGCCUGCACCAGUGCAUGAGAGACCUCACGCUCGUCCUCGACCAGAGCGUCGACGCGCCACAGAAGAGCCGCCUGGCGCUGUCCUGCUGCUCAUUCAACACCUACAGGACUUGCAUGACCGAAUCUGUGAAUGGAGCCUGCGACAGUUCAACCAAGGCGUACGUUGACAAAAUCAUCACAGGAUAUGCGGGCGACCUACUUGACACCGUGUGCGCCAACUACAAGACUGGAUCGGACGCUUGCAAGACACUUCCGUCACUGCCAAAAUCGACCAAGACGGGAAGGUCCGCAUCACUGCUGUCACCGUUGGCACGAAUUGUCACGAGCUUGAAUGGAUGAAGCGAUCAUUCUUCACUUGUCAAGGGCGCGAUGUCUUGA